GAAUUUAAAGAACAAAACGGAAAAGAAAAUGAUUUUGAAAAGGCUAAGGCUGAAAUUGAUAAGAAUAGGAAAGAUGCUGAAAAAGAAUUAAAACAAAGAAUGGAAAAGCUGGUUGGAAAAGAAAUGGCAAAUAAAAUGUUUAAUGAAGUUGAUAAGCUAUUUGAUCAAUUUAAAUUUGUGCCAUUUAUUCAAUUUUCUGCUCUUAUCCUUUUGAUUCUUUAUGUUUUAAACAAAAUUAAAAACUUUUUGAAUCACACAACGAAUUCAUAUUUAAUGGAUAUGGAUCAAUUUAUGAGAAGAUUAAGUUCUGGACAAGUAUCUAACAUUCUUCUAGUGCCAAAGUAUUAUUCAAAAUCAAAUAAACAAUCAAAACCUGAAAUCGGAAGAGCAUUUGUUUAUCCAGUUUCUUUCUCUGGAACUCAUAUCCAGAAUACCCAAGUUGGCGUUCUUCAUGUUCCCGAUCUACGCAAAUUUACCGAACAGUUGAGAAAUAAAGAAAUUGAGCUAAAUAUACCUCCUGAACGUUGGGUGGAUAUUUCUUUUUAUAAGCCUAGUGCUUUUUCUUAUUUAAUACCUAUCAUUUUGUUUGGUAUUAUGAUCAGUGUGCCACUUUUUCUUACAUUUCGCUUAUCAAGGAAGAUUGACAUAAAAGAGAUGUUCUCAAUUGGUCAACGUAUCCGAAUUGUCGACCCGGCAUCUAAAGAAGGGAAGAAAAACCUCAAAAUUAAAUUUCGUGAUGUUGCUGGCUUACAUGAAGCAAAGCGUGAAGUUAUGGAAAUUGUUGAUUAUCUUCGUGCUUUACUUACUGGACCGCCGGGAUGUGGAAAAACUUUACUUGCAAAAGCUUUAGCUGCAGAAUCUAGUGUUCCUUUUAUCAAUGUAAAUGGAACAGAAUUUGUAGAAAUGAUUGGUGGAUUGGGCGCUUCACGAGUCAGACAACUUUUUAAGAAGGCAAAAUCAAGUGCACCAUGCAUAAUUUAUAUUGAUGAAAUUGAUGCACUCGGAAGGAAACGUCAGAAUCAUUCUGGUAAUGACGAAAUGGAACAAACAUUAAAUCAAUUACUUGUUGAAAUGGAUGGAAUGGAUUCGAAUAAAGGUGUUGUGGUUGUUGGAAGUACAAAUAGAGUGGAUAUGUUGGAUAAGGCUCUUCUUCGCCCAGGCAGAUUUGACAGACACAUAACCAUUGAUUUACCAACAUUACUUGAACGGAAAGAAUUAUUCGAUUUAUAUUUACAAAAAAUUAAAAAAGAAAAUUUAUUAACUGGUGUAAGUCAACGUUUAGCACAAAUGACACCUGGCUUUAGUGGUGCUGAUAUCAAAAAUGUUGUAAAUGAGGCAGCAAUUCAUGCAGCGACAGCACAAAAGAAAAUGGUAAAAAUUGCUGAUAUUGAUUUUGCUUUACAAAAAAUUGUUGCAGGACCAGAAAAACGAAGUCGAGUUUUAAUUAAAGAAGAACGCGAAAUUGUUGCAUUUCACGAAUCAGGACAUGCUUUGGUUGGCUGGCUUUUGGAACACACUGAAGCACUUUUGAGAGUAACAAUAAUUCCGAGAACGAGUGCAGCUCUGGGUUUUGCUCAAUAUUCUCCAAAGGAUCGAAAAUUGUUUACUAAAGAAGAGUUAUUCGAUCGAAUGUGUAUGAUGCUUGGUGGUAGGGUAGCAGAAAAUGUUAUUUUUGGUAAAAUAACAACUGGAGCACAAAAUGAUUUGGAAAAAGUUACCAAACAAGCCCAAGCAAUGAUUAAAUGGUAUGGAAUGAGUGAAUUAAUUGGUCCGAUAAGUUUCUUUCCUGGUGCAGAUGCUGACCUUCGAAGUGCUGACUUUACUGAAAAGCCUUAUAGUAAAAAAUUGGGAAAUAUGAUUGAUCAGGAGAUUGCUAAAUUAGUUGCAGAUGCUUAUUAUUCAACAGAAAAUCUUUUAAAAGAAAACAAAGACAAAUUAGAAGUGAUAGCAAAGGCUCUUUUAGAACGUGAAACUUUAAAUUAUGAAGAUGUAAAAAGGUUAAUAGGACCACCAAAAUUUGGAAAUAAACAGGUUGUCGAUUUGCCUGAAGAUGUGCUUCCAGAUUUACCAAAUAAUAUAGAAUCUGGGACAGAAAGUAAAAAAUAUUAA